AUGCUGUCGCACGGUCAGAUCGCCGGGCGACGGUUGCUGGGGCUUGUGGGGCGGGCCGCGCCAGCGCCUCGGGCCUUCUCCGCGGCGGAGGAGGUGCAGCUGCGUCCAUGGCCGGCCGAGGUCCGUGCGUCGAGCGAGGCUCUCUGGCGAAAGCUGCAGGCCGGCGGCGUUUCGGUGACGCCGGACUUCAUUAGCGAGGAAGAGGAGGCGUUGCUGGCUCGGGAGCUGGAACCGCAGCUGCGCCGACACCGCUAUCAAGACGAACACUGGGACGGGGCUAUUCAUAAGUAUCGGGAGACAGAAAAAUCAUACUGGAGCAAAGAAUGUAAUGAGAUCUUACAACGAGUCCGGAAUGCUGCUUUUCCUCCCGGAGUGCCACAGCUCGCUCAAGUCCAUGUUCUGGAUUUGGAUAAAAGUGGCUAUAUAAAGCCUCAUGUAGACAGUGUCAAGUUCUGUGGCUGCAGCAUUGCAGGCCUGUCCCUCCUGUCCACAAGUGUAAUGCACCUGGUUAGUGAACAGAAUCCACAGGACUGGCUGGACCUUCUGCUGGAGCGCCGAUCUCUCUACAUUCUUAGAGGGCCUGCUCGUUAUGAAUUCACUCAUGAAAUUCUUAAAGAUGAGGAGUCCUUUUUUGAUGGAAGGAAGGUCGCCAGGGAGCGAAGGAUCUCUGUCAUCUGUCGAAACCUGCCCUUACCAGAAGAAUCAUCCUAGAACUGCCAGGGGUGGAGUACAUGACAUGGCAGCAGAGUCAGGUUAAGUAUUUUCUGAGUGUUUGACAUGCUGAGGCCAAAAAGUUCACCAUUACUGAUGUACCUGAUAAUGCUGACAUCUGCAAUAUCUUGAGGGCACACUAAAAAAAAUAAUGUCCUUUGUAAUGUUACACCAAUUUGAAGUCAUACACUGUCCUCCAUUUCUUCUCCAGAUAUUCCGGUUGCAGUUCAGGUGCUGUCUUUCAUUUGUGGCAGUGAAACAUCUUUGCCUAAUCCUGCCCACAAAUAGUGGGUUUCACAUUUUGGAACUCUUGAGUUUUUGUCAAACAUACUUUAUUCUGAAACAGUUAAAUCUUUAAAAAAACAUGAAUCCUUGAAUGGAAAUUCCUGGAGUUGAUUAUGCCCAGACCUGCUGUGUUGAAAUGCCUUUGAAAGGAGUUGGGGUAUGUGUGGAGGAAAGAAAGGCUACUCCAUAAAUUAUGCAUAUAUGGAACAUGCUGAACUGACUUUCUUGGCCCUAGCUUUAGAGAUACAGCUUUGUGAGAUAUCCUGAAAGAGGAACUCCCUUUUCAUGCAUAGAUGGUUGGUAAAGAGAUGGAUCUAGGCCUUCCUCUUGAGAGAAUUUGAAGAUAGUGAUGAUUUUUGCUUCUGAUUGGAGAACAUAUACUUCCCGGUGUGCACAUGAUGGGACACUGAACUGGACAAUGAAGCGCAGCCACAUGGUUUGAAAGGAAAAUGUAUCCAGUUGUUAAAUAAGUUGCAGAGCAAUUGUGAUGUUCCUUGAUUUUUGUACAGUUAUAAGACCAUUGAAAAAUAUAACUUUCAAAUGCCUUAGAUUCCAACAGAAACUUGCGUUCUGAUGCACCAUCUUUUAGUACUAGAUACCAGGAACAUAGAAGAAAGAAAUAUGGGUGACUUUUUUGGUUAAAAAUAUGUUGGUCUGAUACAGUCCAACAGAAACCAUUCUACACACUUUUGAAAUAAUUAAAUUAGAUAACCUGCUAUAAAAACACUUUCUCUGUAAAGUUUCCGAUCUCUUCCAAAUACUGUUCAAAAUGCAUUCCCAGACAUUAUUUUUCAAAUUUAAUUUUCUCCCAUAUUUUCCUUUUUAGCUUCCUUCCAAUAUCUUCUCCCAAAGAUUUUUUUCCCUUUUACUUCCAGUCACUUCUCAUUUUUUGUUUCAUGGUUGAGGCAUGUUGGCCUUCAGUGUUGUCUGCUUGUAUAAAGUCUCUGUUCUCUCACCAUUAACAUAAAAAAGCAGGAUGUGGGAAGAAAAAUUCAAGAUAGAAUAGAAAUUGUCUAGAACCUACCUA